CGGGUCCCUGUCCCUUCCCAUCAUCCUCCGGUGCUGCCGGCCUUUCCCUCUUUGGUUUAGUUCUAGUUAGGGCCGCUCAAGGAAUAGUUUGUGGUUGGAAGAGCCCUUCCGCGAGUGACGCAGGCGCAGCGCGAGAGGCGCGCGCCCACAGCCCAUCCUCCGCUAUCCCACUUUCUUUGCAUUUCGUUGGCCAGGUAGCUGAGAGCCCUGCAUCUCCGUCUCACGCUCUACGCGGUUCUCAUCGCGUGCCCGAGGCAAGGGGCGGGCCCAGGUCGCCCAGAGAACCCAGGCCGCUCUAGCGCGACACUAACGGCCGCGACCCCUCCCAGGCCUCCUCAGACCGCGCCAUGGGUGACAGUGAUGACGAGUACGAUCGAAGGCGCAGGGACAAGUUUAGAAGAGAGCGCAGCGACUAUGACCGUUCGCGGGAAAGAGAUGAAAGACGUCGAGGGGACGAUUGGAAUGACCGAGAGUGGGACCGUGGUCGGGAGCGCCGCAGUCGGGGUGAAUAUCGUGACUAUGACCGGAAUAGGCGGGAGCGCUUCUCUCCUCCCCGGCAUGAGCUCAGCCCCCCGCAGAAGCGCAUGAGGCGAGAUUGGGAUGAGCACAGCUCUGACCCAUACCACAGUGGCUAUGAGAUGCCUUAUGCUGGGGGGGGUGGGGGCCCAACUUAUGGCCCCCCUCAGCCCUGGGGCCACCCAGACGUCCACAUCAUGCAGCAUCAUGUUCUACCUAUCCAGGCCAGACUUCCUGACCGGGCCCCCCUCAGGCUGGGCAGCAUCGCAGAGAUUGACUUGGGUGUGCCACCACCCGUGAUGAAGACCUUUAAGGAGUUUCUCCUAUCAUUGGAUGACUCUGUGGAUGAGACAGAGGCAGUUAAGCGCUAUAAUGACUACAAGCUGGAUUUUCGAAGGCAGCAGAUGCAGGAUUUCUUCUUGGCUCAUAAGGAUGAGGAGUGGUUUCGGUCUAAGUACCACCCGGAUGAGGUGGGGAAGCGUCGGCAGGAGGCCCGGGGGGCCCUGCAAAACCGACUGAGGGUGUUCCUGUCCCUCAUGGAGAGUGGCUGGUUUGAUAAUCUUCUCCUGGACAUAGACAAAGCUGAUGCCAUUGUCAAGAUGCUGGAUGCAGCUGUGAUUAAGAUGGAAGGAGGUACAGAGAAUGAUCUACGCAUCCUGGAACAGGAGGAAGAGGAAGAACAGGCAGGAAAGCCUGGGGAGCCCAGCAAGAAAGAGGAAGGCCGGGCUGGGCCAGGCCUGGUAGAUGGAGAGCGCAAGGCCAAUGAGAAGGAAGACAAGAAGGAAGAUGGCAAACAGGCUGAAAAUGACAGUCCUAGUGAUGACAAAACUAAGAAAUCUGAGGGUGAUGGGGACAAAGAAGAGAAGAAAGAAGACUCUGAGAAAGAAGCCAAAAAGAGCAGCAAGAAGCGGAAUAGGAAGCACAGUGGUGACGACAGCUUUGACGAAGGCAGCGUGUCCGAGUCGGAGUCAGAGUCUGAGAGUGGCCAAGCUGAGGAGAAGGAGGAGGCUGAAGAAGCACUCAAGGAAAAGGAGAAGCCCAAGGAAGAGGAAAGGGAGAAGCCCAAGGAUAUUCCAGGGCCAGAAUGUAAACCCCGGCCCCUGCAUAAGACUUGCUCUCUCUUCAUGCGCAAUAUCGCACCCAACAUCUCCCGGGCUGAGAUCAUUUCUCUUUGUAAAAGAUAUCCAGGCUUUAUGCGUGUGGCACUGUCGGAGCCCCAGCCUGAGAGGAGGUUUUUCCGUCGUGGCUGGGUGACGUUUGACCGCAGUGUUAACAUCAAAGAGAUCUGCUGGAACCUGCAGAAUAUCCGACUCCGGGAGUGUGAGUUGAGUCCUGGCGUAAAUAGAGACCUGACCCGUCGUGUCCGCAAUAUUAAUGGCAUUACCCAACACAAGCAGAUAGUGCGCAACGACAUCAAACUGGCAGCCAAGCUGAUCCAUACGCUGGAUGACAGGACCCAGCUCUGGGCCUCCGAGCCUGGGACACCUCCUCUGCCAACAAGUCUGCCUUCUCAGAACCCAAUCUUGAAGAAUAUCACUGACUACCUGAUAGAGGAAGUGAGUGCUGAGGAGGAGGAGCUACUGGGGAGCAGUGGGGGCCCCCCGCCUGAGGAGCCUCCUAAGGAAGGGAACCCAGCGGAGAUCAACGUGGAACGGGAUGAGAAGCUGAUCAAGGUUUUGGACAAACUCCUCCUCUAUUUGCGCAUUGUGCAUUCCCUGGAUUAUUAUAACACAUGCGAGUAUCCCAAUGAGGAUGAAAUGCCCAACCGAUGUGGCAUCAUCCAUGUUCGGGGGCCCAUGCCACCCAACCGCAUCAGUCAUGGAGAAGUACUAGAGUGGCAGAAGACAUUUGAGGAAAAGCUGACUCCACUGCUGAGUGUGCGGGAAUCUCUAUCAGAGGAAGAGGCCCAGAAGAUGGGUCGCAAAGACCCUGAGCAGGAAGUGGAAAAGUUUGUCACCUCUAACACCCAGGAACUGGGCAAGGAUAAGUGGCUUUGCCCUCUCAGUGGCAAGAAAUUCAAGGGCCCUGAGUUUGUACGCAAACAUAUCUUCAACAAACAUGCAGAGAAAAUUGAGGAAGUGAAGAAGGAGGUGGCAUUUUUUAACAACUUUCUCACUGAUGCCAAGCGCCCAGCUCUGCCUGAGAUCAAGCCAGCUCAGCCACCUGGCCCUGCCCAGAUACUCCCCCCAGGCCUGACCCCGGGACUCCCCUACCCACACCAGACUCCCCAGGGCCUGAUGCCCUAUGGUCAACCCCGGCCCCCCAUCUUGGGCUAUGGAGCUGGUGCUGUCCGUCCUGCAGUCCCCACAGGAGGGCCUCCAUAUCCCCAUGCCCCCUAUGGUGCUGGCCGAGGGAACUAUGAUGCCUUCCGAGGCCAGGGAGGUUAUCCUGGGAAACCUCGCAACAGGAUGGUCCGUGGAGACCCACGGGCCAUUGUGGAAUACCGUGACCUGGAUGCUCCAGAUGACGUGGAUUUCUUUUGAGCCAUCUACUUUCCUCACUCUUGGUAUCAUCUAUACUUGUGACUGCCUUGUCCCAGCUCUGAGAAUUUUUUGUACGUCCAGCCCUACUGCCAAUAAAAGCACUUCCACAGUGA